AUGAUAGCAAACUGUGAGCCGAAGAGUGACUGCUUUAGAGCCGCAGUCUUUGAACACUUGUUUCAGGGAAACGAAGCAAUAGAUGAGCCGAAGAUCAUUAUCCAGAAGAACCUCAAUGUCUAUAAACAGAUCGUAAAGAAAGCGGCAGAAAAUGGGGCGAAUAUAUUGGUAUUCCCUGAGGAUGGCAUUAUAGACCCGGAUAUAUAUGAUCGCAAAAUUGUGGCCACAAUUACCGAAGCAAUUCCUAAUCCAAAACAUGGUGUGUAUAAUCCAUGCGAUAAGCCAUUGGAUUACAAGUCAAGUCCCAUAACACUUACACUGAGCUGUUUGGCCAAAGAUAAUCACAUCUAUGUUGUGGCCGAUUAUGGCGAUCGUAUUGAAUGCAACAUCACUUCAGACCCGAAGUGUCCCAAAGAUGGCCACUAUAUGUAUAACACAGCCGUUGCCUUUGACCCGAACGGUGCGAUUGUGGCCAAGUAUCACAAAACACACCUUCACUUAGAGUUUGAAUAUAACACUCCAUCUGAAGCGGAGUUCAUAUACUUUGACACACCUUUCGGGAGAAUAGGUUUACAAAUAUGUUUUGAUAUGUUAUAUAAAAACCCCGGCACUCAAGAUGUGGCCAAAUAUGGCGUUCAGACAAUGUGUUAUCCCACCGAUUAUAGCGAUGGACUACCCCUCGAGACAACUAAACAGUAUCAGUUGGGCUGGUCUUUAACCAAUCGGGUAAAUCUGUUGGCCGCUAAUAUUCUUCGGCCCGAAACUGGCGCUGUCGGCAGUGGUAUAUAUUCGGGAACAAACGGACCGAUAGUCUACACAAAUAUCACUUCAAAAACUGCGAAACUAUUGAUCGCAGACAUACCGGUCGACAGCCGUAACCCUUCGGCUUCGUGUCUAAAACCCGACCAUCGGUUCAAUAAAAGCAUUUCAAUCGAUAGUUUGAAAACAGACGCCAAAUACAAAACUUUACGCAAAUCAGACUUAAAACAUCUGACACUCAAUAAAUUGACAGCAAAUGAGAGCUCAUCAGUGGUUUGUGACUCCGGUUUCUGUUGUCAUCUAAACUAUUCACUCAAAUCAAGUGAUGGAUUGAAGGGACAGUCGUUUUGGUUUUUUGUGGGCAACAGUAGUGGUCAUCCCUAUAAUGAUGUCAAUUACGAACCGCAGUAUCCGAUGUGUGAGGAGAUAUGCGGUGUCUUCCGGUGCGAUGACGACCGGUGCGAGUCUUUCCCGACGAGUACUUCAACUGUAUUCAAAUGGCUUCGACUGAGCGCUACAUUCAGUACAAACUACACGUAUCCGAGUCUCACGACUAAUGACUUGGCUUUAGUUCCCAAACAGUAUUGG